CUUAACUUGCGCCUGCGCAGUCCUGCGUGUCUGACCUUCAUAGGAGUAACCAUGUUCGCCAGGACCAGCGCGUUGGUGUUCUCCCCACAAUGUGGGCAGGUCAGGAACAUGGCUACCUUGAAGGACAUCACCAUUCGGUUGAAGUCCAUCAAGAACAUCCAGAAAAUCACAAAGUCCAUGAAAAUGGUGGCCGCUGCCAAGUACGCUCGUGCUGAGAGGCAGCUGAAGCCAGCCCGUGUCUAUGGCACCGGUGCUCUGGCUCUGUACGAGAAGGCUGAAAUCAAAGCUCCCGAGGACAAGGCCGCCAAGCAUUUGAUCGUUGGUGUGACCUCUGACCGUGGUCUCUGUGGUGCCAUCCACUCCGGUGUGGCUAAGGCCAUUAAGAGCGAGAUCGCCAACCUGACUGGUGCUGGCAAGGAGGUGAUGGUGAUCAAUGUGGGAGACAAGCUGAGAGGCCUGCUGCACAGAACUCAUGGAAAGCACAUCAUGCUCAACUGCAAGGAAGUCGGCCGCAAGCCCCCCAGCUUUGGUGACGCCUCCAUCAUCGCCACCGAGCUGCUCAACUCUGGAUACGAGUUCGACCAGGGCUCCAUCAUCUUCAACAGAUUCAGGUCUGUUAUCUCAUACAAGACGGACAACAAGCCUGUGUUCUCCACAGACAUCGUUGCUAACUCAGAGAGCAUGGGCGUCUAUGAUGACAUCGAUGCCGACGUGCUGAGGAACUACCAGGAGUUUGCUAUGGUCAACAUCAUCUACCUGGCCCUGAGGGAGUCCUCCACCAGUGAGCAGAGCGCCAGGAUGACUGCCAUGGACAGCGCCAGCAAGAACGCUUCCGAGAUGAUUGACAAGCUGACCCUCACCUUCAACCGUACCAGACAGGCCGUCAUCACCAAGGAGCUCAUUGAGAUCAUCUCCGGAGCUGCUGCUCUAUAAACGGGCCAGGUCAUCGUUUCCAUUGCCUAUAGCUCUUCAAAAAAGUACUUCGGACAAGUGUUGUCGAGAGUCUAAAUGAACAUUUGUGCUUCUAUUUGUAAAAUAUAUGGAGAAAAUAAACCUCUUACACAGAACCUUCA